CUUAGAUUGUCAUAACUGAUAGGUAAAGUAUAGGUAAUAAUAAGGAACAUUACACUGUGAUAAAAAUGAUAAUUGAAAAUGUUUAUCUUAUAUAUUUCAUAACUAAUAUUAAAAUUGUAAUGUAACUAAUACCUGUGAGGAAGUCGUUUUCGUCAAGGUAUUUAUUACCGUUGUGGUUUUUUGAAUUUCAAUUAACAAUAUCAAAAUAUAAUUUUAUGACCAUAUAAAUUGUAAUGAAAUAUCUAAUUCCGGUUGACUAAUUAAAGCUUCAUGAUUUUGAUGAAUAAUUAUCCGUUUUGUUUUAACAAUAUAGUGCAUUCUAAGUUUCAUUGACCAUUCUUGAAUACGUAAAAUUUAAUUAAUUUGACAGGAUCAGUAAUCCAAUGAAUAUCAAAUACGUACUAUUCAUUAUUAUCAUUAUAUUUGAAUGAGUGUAAUCAUAAUCAUUAUUUCUGUAACUCUAAUAUGUUACAUUUAAAAAACACGCGUUGAAUUGAUUGGUUUUAUCAACUUUUUUGUUGUGAACUACCCUUACGAUGAUUUACUGUAGAAUCGUCAAUGGUAAUUAACCGGCUCUUAAACUCAAUUUGCCAAUUUACACUCUGGUACAACUGAACUGACCUCUAUUUAAAUUUUUCUUAUGGUUUACGAUUAGUGGUGGAUUUACAACUACAAGAAGACUCCAUUAUUAUAUACUCAUUUUUCGGAUAGUAAUGACACUUAUGAUCACGACUCCAUUAUUGUUGUAAGCAUCUACAAUCAUAACCUAUUAUUCGACAGUGUAUAAUCUGCAAUUGAUGAAGAAGAAAAUUUCAACAGUGACGUUUAUUUGUAUUUCGAUAUUUAUAAUUAGAUUACAAAUCUGUACAGAUAACAUAACCAUUGGUAAUUUUCAUUGUGUAAUCAAGUUAUAUUGUCAAUGAAGUUCUAAGUAAAUUGAAUGUAAAAUAAAUUUUCAUGACUCAUGUGUUUAUACAAGUAUAUGUCUAUGUAUUAAUAUAAAUAGAUUGAUAAUCAAAAAAUACGUUAUUGCCAAGAUCACGGUCGUAGAUGCAGUUUUCGUAUUCUAUAAAUGUUAAAAUUUCCAACAAAAUCAAAGUCGUCUAUGGGAAAUUAAUAAUUUUACCAUAAAUUUAAUUACUCUACGCCCAAAGUUCGGGUAUACUUGUACUUUAUUACAUACGUUCAUAUGUUUCUGAUUUCUCGGUUCAAGAUUUGCUAAUCUCAGGACAGUAAAAUUAUUACCUUCUGAUCUAUCUAAUAGGUUCGGAAGGAAUACGGUACAGUUAUAUCUGAUGAUCCGAUUUUAGACCUAGAACAGAACUUGACCAAAAAAGAAACGAAAAGACAAGGAUACCGAAAUUUUGUUCUUAAAAAAAAAAGGAAUAAGACCGUUACGCAAGAAUAUACUAGAACAUAAACAUCAAUACUAAGAAAAUACCAUUUUACCUAAGAUUAUACAGUACGAAUUGAAUCGAAAUGAGAUUUGAAUGAAAUGAUAAAAUCGUAUAUACAUAUAUCUUUGUAAUAAAUCAUACUGUUUAUUAUUUUUAUUGUAUCUUAUUUCAAUAAACUUGUUAAUUGUACUCAAUAGUUUUACAAUAUAACCUUUCUCAACAUUAAAAAAUAUUUUCUUUUGCAAACCUUUUAAUUAUUUCUGUUUUAUUUCUUACUUAGUAUAUCUUUUUCUAUAAGUAUGCCACGCAGGAAAAUUAUUCGAGCACCGGCCGAAGAGGCCGAAAAAGCGCGCAGAGAAAAAAGAAAUGAACAACAACGAAACCGUCGAAAGCAGAAAAAAAAUGAAAAUAUAGAUUUAUUGGUUCGUAAUCUGAUUGGUAGGAACGUUUUUCCUGUGAGUGGUGCAAGUAAUUCUAAGAGUAAAGAUGAGCAGAAUGUGACAGAGGUAUGUGGAACUCCGUCCACAUCCUCUAAUAUAUCAUUAAAUACUACCGAUACACCUCACGAUAUCACUGCACAAACGAAUAAUGUUCCAAUACAAAACAUCGACAUGAGUGAUACCGUUUUUCAUGUACUAAAUGAUCAUGAUACGAUACAUGAAAAUUAUAUAGGCCAAAUGGAUAUAAUAUGUCAACACUGUCAGUCAAGACAUUUCGCUCUUGAACAAGUUGCGAAUAAAAAGAACUCUUUCAAUGAGUGUUGCCGUCAUGGAGAAGUUAAAUUGGAACCGAUGCCCGAACCUCCGGAAAUUUUUAAAUCAUUAUUUGAAGGAACGCAUGAAAAGUCAAGAAAUUUCUUUGAACGAAUAAGAAAUUAUAACAGUUCUUUCUCAUUUGCAUCAUUUAAUGCUAAUUUAUACAAUUUCAGUUCACAGAGAAGAGGACCGUAUUGCUUCAAAAUUCAAGGACAAAUUUAUUACCAAAUGAAUACGGCAUUAUAUCCACCGAUUGAUGAAACACCAAGUUACGGUCAACUUUUUAUUGUAGAUACCAAUGAAGCAGCAGAAAUUCGUUUAAACCAAAAUGUUGAAUGUGAUUUACAACUAUUUAAAACAUUAGAUUCUAUAAUUCGUGAUCAUAAUGUAUUUGCGGAGUCUUAUCAAAUGAUGAAGGAUGUUAUAGAAAGCAAUUCUACGCGUGAUUCACAUGGAAACGUUAUUGAACCUGAAUUGAGUCUAUUGUUUACUUUAAAGCCUGGUAUGGAUGCUCGACGAUACAACUUUCAAAGGGUGAAUGAAGUUGCAGCAAUUUUUUCUACGACUGCUGAUGGUGAAAUACCGGAAUCGUAUAUCACAGUUGCAAAAAAAAAUACCAAGACUCUUCAACGAUUAAGUACAAUGGAUCCUAAUACUGAACCUUGGGUAUAUCCUCUAUUUUAUCCUCAUGGCAAUCAAGGGUGGCAUUCGAGUAUGACGUAUACUAAGAAAACGAUGCGAAGGGUAACUCGUGCUGAUUAUUAUAAGUAUAAAUUAGCAAUUCGUGAUAAAUUCAAUGUUUUUCUGAUGGGUCGUCGUUUAACUCAACAGUGGGUAGUAGAUAGUUAUGUAAAAAUUGAAAAAGAUAGAUUGAAUUAUUGCAGGUUAAACCAAACGAAGUUACGGGCAGAAUCAUAUAAGGGGUUAUUAGAUCAUUUGAAAUCGAGAAAUGAAAAUAGUAAAACACCCUGCAAUAUUGGUAAAGUAGUGAUACUGCCUUCAACAUUCACCUGUUCUCCACGUAAUAUGUUACAACAGUAUCAAGACGCAAUGUCAAUCGUUAAAAAAUUCGGUAAACCAGAUCUUUUUAUCACGAUGACUUGUAAUCCUAAGUGGAUCGAAAUUACAGAAAACCUGUUACCAGGUCAAUCAGCUUCCGAUAGACCAGACUUAGUAGCACGUGUAUUUGACAUCAAAAAGAAUGCUUUGAUCAAAUUAAUAACUAAGACAGAUCUCUUCGGCAAAGUUAUUGCUUAUAACUGGGUAAUAGAAUUUCAAAAGCGUGCGUUACCACAUCUGCAUAUGUUACUUACAUUACAAAGUGGUUUUAAAAUUAAAACUCCCGAUAUUGUUGAUAAAUUUAUAUGUCCUGAAAUACCAAAUAAAGACCAUGAUCCUAGGCUGUAUGAUAUCGUUACAAGAAACAUGCUUCAUGGCCCUUGCGGUGAUUGGUGUUUAAUUGAUGGAAAAUGUUCCAAAAAAUUCCCCAAAGCAUUUCAGAAUGAAACUGUUAUGGAUGAGAAUGGAUAUCCUCUUUAUCAACGUAAAAACGAUGGAGUGACAUUUACUCGAAACAAUGAAUUUUUUUUCGAUAAUCAAUACGUAGUACCAUAUAAUAGAACAUUGCUUUUGACGUUCAAUUGUCAUAUAAAUGUAGAAGUAGUCUCAUCCGUCAAAGCGGUUAAGCAUUUAUAUAAAUACGUUUACAAAGGUCAUGACAAAGCUGCAGUAACAAUUAAUGGGAGUCUACAUAGUUCAAAUGCGAACGCAACUCAAAAUACCCAACAUCCUCAAAAUGAAUCUGAUGUUGCCGUAACCCACGAUGAAAUCCGCGAUUUUGUCGAUGCCCGGUAUGUAGGCCCCGUCGAAGCAGUUUGGCGAAUUUCAUCAAAAGGAUUACAAGAUUGA